UACUCCGUAAUGCACGCAAACGCGGAAGCGACGUACCACUGGUGUUUUGUGCACCGUACAUGUGUGCUUGACAGUCGGAAUUUUACGAUCGUUUGUCUCCGGAAUUGGCCGUUCUUGAGACGCAUGCAGCCCGGUGUGCCAUGAUUCCCAUAGCGGUGGUGGUGUGUGUGAUGGGCGGGUGGUGUACCGUGUAUCUAGCGGAUACGCUGCUCCGGUCGUCCAGUUCAGUGAAGUGCCGCUAUGAAUCAUGGUUAUCUUCGAACGGAUUCACUCUCUCCCCCUUCCAUAUCAAAUGGCACACAGGCAUCUUCAACCGUCUGUUUGCCAGAUGUGCUCAUCUCAACCCUCGCUUUCUGUACAUCUGGUUCAGUGCUGGUAUGGUGUUUGGGGUUUUGGCGAUGUUUGGAUCUGUGGUUCUCCUUAGCCAAACGUUGCUUCAGACUUUAAGUCAGAUGUUGGCAGAGACGCCGGAGGGGUCCCACGAACAGAUCUUGCAAGUGGUGGUGCCUGGUGUGAACCUUCCUGUCAGUCAACUGGCCUAUUUUUUCAUCGCUAUCUUGGUCAGUGGAGUCAUACAUGAGUUUGGCCAUGGGGUGGCAGCACUGAGGGAGCAGGUGAGGUUGAAUGGUUUUGGCAUGUUCAUGUUUGUGGUUUAUCCUGGAGCGUUUGUGGACCUCUUCACCACACAUCUGAACCUCAUUUCUCCAGUCCAGCAGCUCAGAAUAUUCUGCGCCGGUGUGUGGCACAACUUCAUGCUGUGUGUUGUGGCCCUCAGCUUCCUGUUCCUGCUGCCCAUCCUGCUGUUCCCCUUGUAUUACACUGGAGCAGGGGCGCUAGUCACUGAGGUGGUGGAGGGUUCCCCGUCCAGUGGACCCCGUGGGCUGUUUCUAGGAGAUCUGGUUACCCAGCUGGAGGACUGUACUGUUAGGGGAGUCCAAGACUGGCACAACUGCGUUUCGCAUCUAUCCCAUAGUCCUCAGACGGGCUACUGUGUUCACACUGCCAAACUGCAGCACAGCUGGAUGGCAGGAAGAGCAUUUAAACGCCUCGAUGGCACUAUGGAGUGCUGUGGGAACAACAGCCUGACAGACCUCUGCUUCUCUUAUAGUAAUAACGUGGAGAGCAAAUUGUUCGCCUGCCUGGCGGUCAGAAAAACCAUUGAAGCGAGUCGUACAUGUCGUACCAACACAGACUGUCAAACGGACUUCAUCCCAAGCUUGUGUUUAAUCCCAUCUCUGGAGAACCAGACCAGACUGAUCCGAGUCAAACACCCACCACAAGCAGACAUGCUCUUUGUUGGCUACCCUUCACACCUACAGUACUCGGUGAGUCUCACCAACUUUGUUCCUCGUUUGGGCUUUCUUCAUCCAGACCUGCCUGUCAUGCUGGAGACUUUCUGCAAAUAUCUGGUGUCUUUGUCUGGGGCCCUGGCGGUGGUGAACGCUGUUCCUUGCUUUGCUCUGGACGGCCAGUGGAUGCUCACAGCAUUCCUAGAAGCUACGUUGAGCUCUGUGAUCCUAGAGAGGAACAACCGAGAACUGAUUGGCUUUUUUUUCCUGUUGGGGGGCAGUGCCCUUCUAGCGGCCAAUGUAGCUCUGGGCCUGUGGAUGGUCACUGCACGGUAACAUUUAGCCAUCUCCUCCAGUCAAACUGUUUGGGGGAAAUGCUUACGGAAGACCCUUCUUGAACUCAUGGAGGAAACGACUGGGUGGUUUUACCUUUGCUGGUACUUGCCAGGUUUUUCCCACCCUCAGAGUGCAACCAGAGGGGCAAGAGUGCUGCUGUACACAAGAAAACUCUUAAUCAAUAGGUUUGAAUGGCUCAUAUAGAAACAAGCAGUAAAAGCUGCAUGCUUUUACACUGUGACUUAAGGACAGCGCCAUUAGUGCCCUCUUUAAUAAAUACUGUGCAUUAUCACACCUUGACAUAAGUGUGUCUACUAUAUCAUGUAGAUGCAACCGGCUUACUGUAUACACGGAGGAUGUUAGGGCAUUACUUGCCUGUUUUGCUUCCGUCUUCCUAAAGUAGGGUGAAUUCAGGUUGAUUAGGACACUUUUUCGACCGGAAUUCACCCUAUAUAGGCACAAAAGUAAGUAUGUGUAAUUUUAUGUUGUACAUCAACCCAAACAUGCGUAAAUAAAGCCAAAAUAAGGAAAUUUGGGAAGAAAAUAAAACAUAAGUUAAUGAAAUGAAUGUAUAUUACAGACACAUAAGUAGUGACACGAUUACAAUAGUAUCAGUAACUGAAAACUUUUGCUGUUGCGUGAUGCUUCCACACCACUAGGUUUCAGUAUAGAGUCCAAGAUGGCUGCCAUUAGCUAGCAUAGCAUCAACAAUCUAUAUUUCAAUGCAUACAGCGUGAGCAAAAUAUACAUUUGUAAAUAUAGUGACUAUACACAGCAUGACACUGCACAAAUAAACAUACUACUGCAGUAUUGAACUUGAAAGAGUAGAUUUAGUUGAUUAGUCAGCAAUUGAGUUGAGUUAUAAGCUCUGCCACAGCUGUGAACUGAAAAUGUCCACUUUUACACAUGACAAGAGAAACCUAUUGCUAAACAUGCUCUAAUGUGCAUGUGAAGCGUUCAUAUAGGAUCUGUAUACUGUGAAGAUUUUCCCCAAAAACAAUUAGCCAGACUGCACUAAAAUUGUUUUACUUGUUUUUAAUGUACUUUCUGCUUGUUUUCUUAUAUAUUUUUUUUAAAUUUGUUGUCUCUGUUCACCUUCAUGGCCCGUUGUACAUGCGUUUAUAAAACUCAUUUACAUGAUC